AGCCGCUCCCGAUCGCAGCGCCAGUUAUUUCUUACUCUAUGAUCCGACGUCGUUUGUACAGAUCAUUCGUGCUAUAUAUCUACGUUUUGUGGCUGCUUUCCGUGCAAAGAACCGUUUGUGAUCGUGCUAGACAAAAAUGAGCGGGAACGAGGAACGCGGCGAUCAGCAGGAUCAAGAGGAUCAGGAUCAGGCUGGCGGCAGGAAAAUGGAGAUCCAGCUGGAGCUGAACCUCAAGCAGAAGUUGGCCACUCGGCUGGCCACCCUUCUGCUGGCCACCCUGAUCUUCGCCAGCUUCUGUUGGGACAAUGCGGCGGCCAGUCUCACUCUGGGAGCAGUUGUGGCCCUUCUACUCAGGAAUCCCACCUUCGUCUUUGCCCUGGUGAUGACCUGCUCAAGGGACGUAAUGGCGCUGCAGCGCUUUCUGGCCCUCAAUAUCUAUCUGCUGCGGAGAGAUCGUCGGGGUUGCACCGUAGCCCGAUGUUUUCAGGAGCAGGCCAAGUCCUGUCCCCAGAAAACCUGCUUUCUUAUGGAAAAUCGCAGUCUAAGCUUUGCGGAGGCCUUGGAACUAAGCCAGAAGAUUGCCGGGUACUUCAAGGAUCAAGGUCUGCAGAGGGGCGAUUGUGUGGCCCUGUUGAUGGAGACCCGUCUGGAGUAUCCCUGCAUUUGGUUGGGCCUCUCGCAACUUGGUGUGAUCACGGCCCUUAUAAACUCCAAUCUGCGAGGGGAAUCACUGCUGCACUCCAUCAAAGUGGCCAACGCCAAGGCCAUAAUUGUGGGCAGUGAACUGCUGGAUGUGCUAAAAUCGCUUAGGGAAAAGGAGCAACUUCAGGCGGUGCCCAUCUAUCAGUAUACAGACGAGGAGCUAAGGGGGCUUCCAGGACACGAUCUUCUGCCGGGAGCUGUGGAUCUAGGCAGUGCUUUACGGAACCAGAAAAUACUGGAGCUGCCAAGUUCUAAAUCACCCGAAGAGGCCCGUUCAAAACUGCUCUAUGUGUACACCUCGGGAACUACGGGUCUGCCCAAAGCGGCUGUGAUCACCAACCUGCGAUUUCUGUUCAUGUCCGCCGGAGCCUUCUAUAUGCUCAGGAUGACUAGCAGUGAUGUGGUGUACAAUCCCCUGCCCUUAUAUCACACUGCUGGCGGAAUUGUGGGAGUGGGCAAUGCCAUUCUAAAUGGAUCCACGGUGGUGCUGCGCAAGAAGUUCUCGGCCAGGAAUUUCUGGCUGGAUUGCCAGCGCCACAGCUGCACAGUGGCCCAGUAUAUUGGCGAGCUGUGUCGCUACCUCCUGGCCACGCCCUACUCCCCCGAUCAGCAGCAACACAGCCUGCGCCUGAUGUACGGCAACGGACUGAGGCCACAGAUCUGGUCGCAGUUCGUCCGCCGCUUCGGCAUCCCGCACAUCGGCGAGAUCUACGGCGCCACCGAGGGUAACUCCAACCUGAUCAACAUCACCAAUCGCGUGGGAGCCAUUGGCUUUGUGCCCGUCUACGGAUCGGGACUCUAUCCCGUGCAAGUCCUUCGCUGCGACGAGCAAACGGGUGAGCUGAUCAAGGACGCGCAGGGUCACUGCAUCAGGUGCCAGCCGGGACAGGCGGGACUGUUGGUGGGCAAAGUGGAUGCCCGGCGGGCAGUGAGUGCCUUCCACGGCUACGCGGACAAGGGUGCCUCGGAACAGAAGCUUCUGCGGAAUGUCUUCUCCAAAGGAGACGUCUUCUUCAAUUCCGGUGACAGUGUGGUGCGCGACAUCCUGGGCUACUUCUACUUUAAGGACCGCACAGGCGACACCUUUCGCUGGCGCGGCGAGAACGUGGCCACCCAGGAGGUGGAGGCCAUCAUCACCAACUGCAUUGGCCUCGAGGAUUGCGUGGUCUACGGUGUACAGAUCCCCCAUGUGGAGGGUAAGGCCGGAAUGGCAGCGAUUGUGGACCCGGGGCGCAAGGUGGACAUGGAUUACCUGUCCAUAGUGCUGAGGGGCAGUCUGCCUCCCUAUGCCCGCCCCCUUUUCAUCCGACUGCUGGACGAGAUUCCGCGCACCGCCACCUUCAAGCUGAAGAAACGAGAGCUGGCCCAGGAGGGUUACGACAUCCGAACGCUGGCGGACCCCAUAUACUAUCUGAAUCGGGACGGGAUCUAUAGGACUCUCAGCCAGGAGCAGUACGAGUCUUUGCGCUUGGGAAAGGCGGGACUCUGAAGCCCCUUUCUCCACCGAAGUGUUAUUCCAGCCACUCACUCCUCUGUGUUUAUAGCUAAACGUUUGUGUGUGUGUGUGUGUGUGUCCAAAUGUAUUUUUAACGCUUAAACAACGACUGAUACCAAAAAUGCCA